GAGGACCGUGACGGAGGUUGCGCGCGCAGGGAGGCGGAGAAAGAGCGAGUGAGGCUGGCGGUGAGGAGGACUGGGGUGAUGUUCUCUGUUGCUGUUGCUGCUGCUGCUCGCUAAAGACGAUCUUCUGCUGUUCUUCUACUUGGGAGUAUUUCUUCAGCGAGGUUCUGGAAGUCAAGUCCCAUAGCUGCCACUUCCACCUAACGGAAUAUCUCGUUUUGUUUCCCCUUUUUCCUUGGAUUAUCUUCUCCCGGACAUGUCAAGUUGUUCCGCGGCGGUCCGGUGCUGAAAGCUCCCAGGAUGCCAAAGCUGGACCGCGUACUUUGACACUAUUUCUCUUUAUCGUUUUUUUCUUUGACAACUUGAAUAUUUUUGAUCCGCUGAGCCAAGGAUGUUGCACAAGACCAGGACGUGUACUGGACCGCUUUGGUUCCUCCUCACACAAGUGGUCCUGGUGGCUGCGCUGACCCAGACUGACGAGUGCGGCGGGGCCAUCGACAUCCACACCGCGGACUACCUGACCUCCCCAGGCUACCCUGGCGCGUACCCGCCUUCGCAGCACUGCGUGUGGGUCAUCACGGCGCCCGAACCGGGUCAGAAGAUCCUCAUCAACUUCAACCCGCAUUUUGAUCUGGAGGACCGAGACUGCAAGUACGACUACGUGGAGGUCUACAAUGGCGGAGACGAGCUUUCGCCCAUGCUGGGCAAGUUUUGCGGCAAGAUCGCUCCGUCUCCAAUCAUCUCCAGUGGCGGUCAGCUCCUCAUCAAGUUUGUCUCCGACUAUGAGACCCACGGGGCGGGGUUCUCUGUACGCUACGAGGUUUUCAAGACAGGUCCGGAAUGUUCCAGGAACUUCACAGCCCCCACGGGUGCCAUCAAGACGCCGGGCUUCCCUGACAAGUACCCCAACAACCUGGACUGCACCUUUAUGAUCUUCGCCCCCAAGAUGUCCGAGAUCGUGGUGGAGUUCGACAGCUUCGACAUGGAGCCAGACACCACGCCACCACCGGGGGCUCUCUGCCGAUACGACUGGCUGGAGAUCUGGGACGGCUUCCCUGCAGUGGGUCCUCACAUCGGUCGCUAUUGUGGCCAGACGUCGCCGGGCCGCGUGAUCUCCUACACGGGCAUCCUGUCCAUGACCAUUACCACUGACAACGCCAUCACCAGAGAGGGCUUCUCUGCCAAUUACACCAUCCGAGAAAGGAGCCUCCCCCCUGGACACAUGGAGGAAGACUUCUUCUGCAUGGAGCCUCUGGGUAUGGAGUCUGGCGAGAUUUCCUCAGAGCAGAUCAGCGCGUCUUCCCAGUACAACUCCAACUGGUCGCCUGAGCGCUCCCGCCUCAACUACCAGGAGAACGGAUGGACGCCCUCGGACGACACAGUCCGCGAGUGGAUCCAGGUGGACUUGGGCUUCCUGAGGUUCAUCACAGCCAUUGGCACACAAGGCGCCAUCUCCAAAGAGACCAAAAAGCACUACUUUGUCCGCUCCUACAAGGUGGACCUGAGCUCUAAUGGAGAAGACUGGGUGACAGUGAAGGAGGGCUCCAGGCAGAAGAUCUUUGCAGGAAACCGCAACCCAACUGAUGAGGGUCGCACCUUCCUACCCAAACAGACGCUGGCUCGCUAUGUCCGCAUCCGGCCCAUGACCUGGGAGCAAGGCAUCUGCAUGCGCUUUGAGGUCUACGGCUGCAGAACAUCAGAUUAUCCGUGUUCUGGAAUGCUUGGGAUGGUGUCCGGUCAGAUUUCUGAUGCUCAGAUCAGCGCCUCGUCUUACGUCGACCGAGGCUGGGUGGCUGAAAAUGCCCGUUUGCUCACAGGGAGGUCGGGAUGGACGGGCCAGCAGGUCAAACAGCCCUUUAAGAACGAAUGGCUGCAGGUGGACCUGGGCCAGGACAAGAUGGUAAGCGGCAUAGUUAUUCAGGGCGGGAAGCACCGGGACAAGAACAUCUUCAUGAAGAAGUUCAAGGUGGGCCACAGCUUGGACGGAGAAGAGUGGACCAUUGUGAAUGAGGACAACACCACCAAGCCCAAGAUAUUCAUCGGGAAUCAGAACCACGACACACCAGAGCUGAAGUCCAUGGGUCCUCUUCUGACCCGCUUCAUCAGGAUCUACCCGGAGAGAGCCACCAACGAGGGUGUGGGCCUCCGCCUGGAGCUGCUGGGCUGCGAACUUGACGACAUCACAACCACGGGCCCGCCCACCACCCCGCCCACUUCCACCAUUCCAAUGACCACUUUUGGGGCAACCACCACGGCGCCCAUCACCAUACCCGUUACCACGCUGUCUGCUGAGACCGGCACAUCCGAGGACUUCGCCACGGUGGCAGCGGGAGGCGUCACAGCCGCUGACCCUUUCAAGUACUUCAUACCAGACAACUUGUGGUUUGACUGCAACUUUGACUUCACGUCCUUCUGCGGUUGGACCACAGAGACGGGCUCCGGCGCUGAGUGGCUCAUCCAGACCAACGGUGCUCCGGCCACGCACAGACUGCCGACUCUCGACCACACGGGACGAGAGGGGAACUUCAUCUACAUGCAUUUGAGUGACUCUUGGGUCAAAAGUGAAGAAGAGGGGGAGCGAGUGGCGAGGCUGUACAGCCUUCCCGUCACGGCGCCGGACACCGACCUGUGCGUGUCUUUCUGGUACCACAUGUUGGGUCAGCACCCCGGGGUACUCCACAUCAGACAACACAAGGAGAAAGAGGGGCAUCAUUGGGGGAGCAUCCUAUGGACCGUCAGCGGCCACCAGGGGGCGCGGUGGAAGGAAGGACGAGUUUUACUACCGAGAUCCAGUGUCCCCUAUCGAGUGGUGGUGGAGGGCGUGGCUGACAGACACGUGACAGGACACAUUGCUGUAGACAACAUCCACAUUUUAGAUGGACUCAACACUGAAUACUGUAAAGACCCCCAAGUUUCUCCAUCCCCACCCACCCAGAUCUUCAUACUGCCCAUGGACUCCCUAUCUCAGGACACGGGUGACCUCGGCAGUGCGGACAACAUGCUGAAGACGCUGGACCCCAUCCUGAUAACCAUCAUUGCCAUGUCAGCGCUGGGCGUCUUCCUGGGUGCCAUAUGCGGCGUGGUGCUCUACUGCGCCUGCUCGCAGAGCGCCAUGACGGACAGGAACUUGUCCGCCUUGGAGAACUACAACUUUGAGCUGGUGGACGGCGUCAAGCUCAAGAAGGAUAAGAUGAACGGACAGAGUAACUACUCGGAGGCAUGAGGUGCCGGGGGGUGGGGGGGGGGGUAGCCGACGGCAUUUCAGGGUGGGAUGACAACAAGCAGACGCCAUCUUUUUUUUUUACUCAGGAGCGUCAGUGAAACAGACUGACCAGUAGGGGACACUGUGUAUAAAGAUACUGUACAGCGAAAAAAGAUUCUAUUUGUUCUUUGUGUGUGUGUGUGUGAGUGUGUGUGAGUGUGCUUUAUUGAUUUCCUGUGAUCCCAUCAUAUGUUGAGACAUGAUUAAAACAAUCUUAUUGGUUUUUUUUUGUUUUUUUAAAGUAUGUGAAGUAUGUGUUUACAUCAGGGGUCACCAACGCUGUGCCCGCGGACGCCCAUGCGCCCACGCGGACCACUUAAGGCGCCCGCGAGGCAUCUUCUAAAAAUAGCACUGGUCACAAAUUAUCAUUGUUAUUUUGUUCUUUAAAUUUUGAAUCAGAAUUGCUUACAUUAAUGUUCAUUCAUUCAUUUUCUACCGCUUUUCCUCACGAGGGUCGCAGGGGGGUGCUGGAGCCUAUCCCAGCUGUCUUUGAGGCGAGAGGCGGGGUACACCCUGGACUGGUGGCCAGCCAAUCACAGGGCACAUAUAGACAAACAACCAUUCACACUCACAUUCAUACCUAAUGGAAUGUGGGAGGAAACCGGAAUACCCGGAGAAAACCCACGCAUGCAAACUCCACAUAGAGAAUUGAACCCUGGUCUCCUCGCUGUGAGGUCUGCGCACUAACCACUUGACCGCCGUGCCGCCGCUUACAUUAAUGUAUUUUUUUUAAUCGUCUUAUAACAUCAAAAAUUAAAACAUAAAUAUUUUAUAACGAACUCUUACCUCAAGUCAAAGUUCAUGUGUGCGCACGCGUCCGCUCACCGCUUUUCUGAUAUAGUGCAGCGGUGAUGAGGAGUUAGCUUACUCGUGCAGUUUAGCCCCCCAAAACAUGGCAGAAAAGCGAAAAAGGACUUACAUUUUCCACAGUGAUUGGGAAAUUUACGUAUUUUGAAGAAAAAUGUGUCUUAUUUGCGGGACGACUGUUGCAAUACCAAAGCGGCACAAUGUGGAGAGACACUUCAAAACUUGUCACGAAAGCUUGAAUGCGAGCUACCCACCCGGCAGCGCAUUAAGGACGGAAAAGGCCUGUUUGUUAAAGGCAGCUUUGGACAACAAAGGACUUUUUUCACUAGGCAGGUGAAAAAAUCACAGAAAGGUGUUCCCUCUGACUUUCAAAUAUGUGAGCACAUAAAUGUUUCUUGUUAAAAAAUAUGUUUUUGUUACCAAUUGUUAGCGUUAUUCUGGAAAAUAAUGAACAUUGAUAUAUGAGCAGUCGCUUCACAUUCUGUUACUACGACUAUUCCUUUUGUUCUCAUUACUAAAAAGUGAUUUGUGCAGCUUCUUGGAAGUUCACCACAAACCGGUCAUGUAGCCCUUCAUACUAUCCGUGCUCACAAAGUAGCCCUCGGACCCAAAAAGGUUGGUGACCCCUGGUUUACAUGAAUGUGCUUUUUCAUUUCAAGUGUGUGUGUGUGUGUUCACAACAGUGCCUUUUUUCACCUCCAUUUUUUUUGUUGCCUUGUUUUUUUUUUUGUUACACACACACGGGCACGUAGGAAAAUUAGUCCGAAAAUGAUUUUUGACAUUUUCUGGACAGUCAAGCUGUGUGUGCAAACAUGGAGGGGUCAAGUCUUACAUCCACGUGUGUGUCGUGUGUAAAAAGCCUGGUUUACACGGCACACCUUCUAUCAUAUUGUAUAUAAGUUUUAAUAUAUUUCUACUGGAGCUCUCUUUUCGAGAGAACACCCCCUUUUGUGCGGACGGACGGACUCCCAAAAGGCACACAUGUGACAUUUGUGCAGGGCUGCCCCUGGUUUAUUAAGUUUAUUGGGAUCCAACAUUGCAAAAUAACAAAUAUACUGUCUAGGGCUGGGAUUGUACCGACAACCGCAAAAGGCAAGAGCUGUACCAUUACAGCAUCAGGCAUUGAAAUGGGAGCACAUCAAUCCUGCCAUUUGACUUUGCCACAUGCUGUCAAUCAUUGUCUCGGGCUGACUUGGUGCUCGAUCUGACACAAAACACGUGUUGUGCAUGUAAAGUAGGGGCGGCCCUGCGUUGGCGUGUCUUUUUUUUUUUUUCGAACUAAUGUGAUGUUUUGUUUUGUGAAUCCUUGUGGUCGUUUGGGUUCUGUUGUUGGGACGAUGAAGGUGACCGAGCAAAGACUCUUGGGAUGCUUUCAUACAGGGUAACACUGGACCCACCACUACCACCACCACCCAGGGAGGGAGGGAGGGUCUCUUCAGGGUUAUUGUGGGAGUAGAUGCUGACAGACUUGGUUGCCAUGACAAUGUUGUUGUGUUGUCUUUUUGAAGGUUGUGUCGGCUGCAGCAUUCUCCACAGCAGUGAUUUUCAACCACUGUGCCGCGGCACACUAGUGUACCUUGAGAAACCGUCAGGUGUGCCGUGAGGAAUUAUCCAAUAUCACUUUUUAUAAUUAACAUUUAUUAAUCAUCAUUUGCAAAUAUUAUGUCAAUAGCCAUUAUGUCAAUAGUAUACAUGGACCCAAAUAUUCCAAUUCACUUUGGUUUAUUUGCUCAAACGGAAAGAAUUGAACAAGGAUGGAAUAUUCCUUUAACCAAUCUGAUUGAGGUAUCUUGUACCCGCUCAAACAGAAAGUUGUCAGGGUGCCUUCUUCUUCGUGGUGUUUUUCUUCUUCUGUUGUUUAUUGGUGGUUGGCAAGCAGCUUUCGUGUGCAUUAGCGCCAUCUGUGGAACAGAAUCUAAACCCUUCUAUACGCCAUUCACAAGUCCACUUUUAUUAAAAAAGAAAAUAUAUAUCUAUAUAAAACAUGUCCUGAGUUUAAUUAUAAAAUAUUAGCAAGAUUGAAUUUGAUCUUUUCCUGUUUAAAUUUAUCCCGGGUGCGUUCUUUCAGCGCAUGCUCAGAUAUGACGUAACACGCAGAUCCAGACGUUCUUCACUUUUAAAAAUGGAGGCCAGCAAUCGGCACUGGACUAAGCAAAGUUUGUUUUUGAUUCAAACUAAAUUUCAAGACUAGACAGACGAAAAACUGGCAAUACGGAGUUAUUCCAACAAGUGGAAGAAAAACUCGGGGAAGCCGGUAUCACGUGGUGUUGAUGUUUACGUUUUACUGGGCAUGCCCUAUUGACUAUUCUGUUUGAUUUUCACGGCGCAUGUAGACAAGAGAUUGGAAUAUUCCUUUCCAUGGAUACCAUUGUUUCCCGAAAGGUCAUUGGGAAAGAGAAAAAGUGGUGAUGUAAAAACGUGGCUACUGUGGAGUGUCUGUGGUGUAAAGACUGGCAGAGCAAUGUAAUAUUGGUCCGUGUGGCAACACCUACCUUGUUCCUCCCAUAGACUUAUUGAUGCACGUGUGAGGUCGUGGUGACAUUUUGGAACAUUUUUGGUUAGUGGUGUGCCACAAGAUUUUUACAAUGUAAAAAACGUGCCGUGGCUCAAAAAAGGUUGAAAAACACUGCUCCACAGGACUACGCUGAAAUUCAACAUACACAUCAGCUCAUAUGCUUGAAGGUCCAACACAGGCUUCAUUUGAUGUCAUUUUAUCAACAAUAACCAACAAUUUGACUGGGGGGUCACAUUGUUUUACCUUCCUUUUUAGCCGUCACAGUCAGCAAUUUUGUUUCAAUUCAUACGCUCCAACAUUGAAGCCGGUGGUGGUCGCUUUGGACACAUAAAUUGGAUCCAAUGUUAUGUUCUUGUCGACUGAGCUAACUUUUGUACUGUCUAUGCUCAAUUAACAAGAACAUGAAAUGUGAAAGGAUGCUGCAGCACUCCACGUGACAAAAAAAAAAGAAAUGUUGCACUGAAAUGUGUAAAAUUCAUAGGAUGUGUUUAUGGUUUCUUUUUUUACAACAUCCUUUCAGAUGAAGGUGUUUUAAUUCUCAGAUGUACAAUUUUAAACAAGGAAAAAAAAAAGAUUCAAUGCGUCAAGUUUAUUUACUCGCUAUGAGGUUUUUGUAUCGUCAUUGAUGGAUCUACGUGACAGAGUUUGUUUGCCUUUUCUUUCUUUCUUUCUUUUUCAAACUACUUCUGUAAUGUUGCUGUCUCCAGUCCAGAAAAAAAUAGACAAAAAUGGAAAAAGCAGCAAGGCCUUAAGUGAUUCAAGAAAAAAAAAAAAAGUUUGUAUUCUCUGGUCAACGCCCAGAUGGAUCUCAUCUGUGUUGUUGCAGAUCAUUGAUGAUUACAUUCCAAAGAAUUGGAUAAAAUAAAUGUUUGCAUUAAAUGUGACAGUACGCUCUUUUCUCUUUUAUGCUUUCUAUGCUACAAUAACUACAAUAAUACAUUUGAAAUCAUGCAGCAUUUAUUUCAUGAUAUUGGCCAAUGACCACAAUGUACUUGUAUAAUUACAAGUAUAUACAGUAAUACAACUACCCAUCCAUCCAUUUCCUAUGCAGCUUAUCCUCACUAAGGUCAUGGGUAUGCUGGAGCCUAUCCCAGCUGUCUUCGGGUGAGAGGCAGGGUACACCCUGGACUGGUGGCCAGCCAAUCACAGGGCACAUAUAGACAAACAACCAUUCACACUCACAUUCAUACCCAUGGACAAUUUGGAGUGGCCAAUUAACCUAGCAUGUUUUUGGAAUGUGGGAGGAAACCGGAGUACCCAUGCAUGCACGGGGAGAACAUGCAAACUCCACACAGAGAUGGCCGAGGGUGGAAUUGAACCCUGGUCUCCUAGCUGUGAGGUCUGCAU